CAACGUAAAAAAACGUGCGCUUCCUUCAGCUCCAAGAAAAAGCUUUAGCAAACGUGUACAACGAAUGCAAUGAAGUGCAGAAUAAAAUCUACGAACUAACGCUCUCUGAAGCCGAUGACGAAGAGCAGAACGAUCAGUACAUCGAGUUUGAGAAAGUGUUUAACGAAGUAUCGCUGAAGUUGAGCAUGUGCUUAGAUUCCGUGCCCAAAAUGGAGACAGCAGCUCCAGUUGUGCCAUCGAUCCUGCCGCAAGCUCAGCCCUAUCUUCCACCGUCGAAAGUGCCCUUACCGACUUUCGAUGGAUCGUAUGAGAACUGGUACUCAUUCAAGGCUAUGUUUACUACCGUAAUGAAUCGAUACCAGCAGGAAGAACCAGCCCUGAAAUUGUUCCAUCUCCGGAACAGUCUGGUCGGAAAGGCGGCAGGUAUCAUCGACGACGAGUUAGUAAACAACAACGAUUAUGAAGCAGCUUGGAAGAUCCUUACGCAACGUUACGAGGAUAAACGGGUUGUCGUAGACAAACACAUAGAGAACCUCUUUGGUCUAACCAAAGUCAGUCGCGACAAUGCAGCAAACUUGCGUAAGGUGAUCGACACCUGUACUAAAAACGUCGAGGCGUUGAAAAAUCAUAGUUUUCCGGUAGAUGGUCUUGGUGAGCAAAUGCUGGUAAACCUUAUAGCCAACAAGUUGGAUAAGAAACUAAGGGUGGCAUGGGAAACUAAACAAAAGAAGAACGUGUUUUCAACGUACACUACAUUGAUCGAGUUUUUGGAGGAGCAAUGUAGAAUUUCCGAGAAGCUUGACACCGGCGUGAAACCUUCGACGGAAGCUGCGAAGCCAAGGGCAGUGGCAAAAACGCUAGUUGUUGGUGAAUCUCAGCAACAGGAAAAGUGUCCAAUAUGCAGCGCCAUGCAUGAACUAAGACACUGUGAGCUUUUCAAGCAGAAGAGUGUCAGUGAAAGGCACGAAAUAGUGAAACGGUGUGGCGCUUGCUUCAACUGUUUAUCGAAUGGUCACCGCAUCCGAGCAUGUCAGUCUGGUUCUUGCCGUCAAUGUGACAAGAAACAUCACAGCUUACUCCACGAAGACAACCCUAGCCAUGUUCCCGCUAGUGUAGUGCCAACGUUCGUGCCUGCUGAAGCUCCGACCACUUUGUGUGCAAAUGAAGUGGAUCCGGAAAGACAAACCGUGCUAUCGACCGCAGUUGUCUUAAUAGACGGUUUGUGCAGUACUCCAUACUCGUGCCGAGCAAUUUUGGAUUCAGCAUCACAGCUGAACUUUGUCACCGAACGUUUUGCUAACCUUCUCUCGCUAAAAAUGGAAACCACGGACGUCAUCGUAAGUAGUUUAAAUAGUAACAGAACACGUUUAAACCGUAGGCUGCGCACGACGAUCAGGUCUCGUGCCGGAGACAUUGUUGCUGAACUGGAUUUUCUAGUGACCCCACGAAUCACUGGUGAACUUCCAUCGAACUUUUGGCAUAUCACAGUGGCCCAUCUCGAGCGAACAGGUGCUGGCCGACCCUACCUUCAACAGAAGAGGACCUGUCGAUAUGCUGAUUGGCGCCGAUUGUUUUUGGAAUUUGAUGCAAGAUGGCCGAUGCGAACUCGGUCCUAAUCGACCUGUGCUGCGAUACACGAAGCUAGGUUGGAUAGCCGGCGGUGUGAUUGCGAGUGAUACGACGAUCGUUGCGCGAGUUAACAAACACGGGGGUUGGGGUUGGAUUCGGAUUCCUCGGACAGAGUAACGUUGUUGUUUAAGAGCUGAACUGAGAGUGAAUGUAUUUCUAAAUUUCGUCCUUAAAUAUAAUAAACUAUUUCUAUUUCACAAUAUGAGGAAGCAGGAUGGAAGGAUUAAGGAUUCGUUGUUUCGCUGCUUGCUUGAUGGUGGCUUGGAGUACCUGAUGUUCGACGGUUUAUCAGGGAAUUCCAGUACGGGUCUAGGGAUGCAUGUGUCUGAAUAGCGAGGAUACAGAUGACCAGGUAAAGGUGCAUGGCGAUAGUUGGUGAAUUGUUUUACAACAGUAUGCUGGCUGGAUGUGAAGGACAUUUUAGGAUGUUGAUGUCUGGAUGAUGUUCAUGUCUUGCAGCUGAACGGAUGUUUAUGUAUCUGUAGCCUAUUCUUCAGGUAGAUAUCAUAAGAAAGGGUACAUCCGGUGGAAGGGUUGUGGCGACGAGCGUUAACUCGCGC